ACGAUGAUGUCUUCAGCAUGAGAUCAAAAGUCUUAAAGCUUCAAUCGACCAUACUCUUCAAAAACAGCGAUCUCACUCCAAGGAACAGCUAGAAAUUGCCAACUAGAAUGUCAUUACAUCCAAAGAAGAGAUCAUGAGGCUUCAGAGCCGGUUGAGCGAGGAGAAAAAGAUUACAGAGUCGCUGAACAGGGUGAUUGCUAAGAAAGACGAGAUGGUUAAUGACUCCCUUAAGAAUAUCAGGACUAGUGAGGGUGAUGCCGAGAAGAUGAGACACGAGCUGAUGACCUACCGUGUCACCUGUGAAGGCCUGAAGGCGGAAAAAGAGGAGACCGAUAAGAGGUUUACCGCUUAUCAAGACAAGAUCCGCGCGCUUGAGAAAGAAGUAUCCGAGAUCCGCGAAGCGAAGAAUAGUCUAGACCAAGAGGUUAAUACACAGAGGUUUAGGCUUACGAGCAUGAAAGGCAAGAUGGAAAAUAACAUUAAGGACCGAGACCACUACAAGACGGAAUACGAGAACGUUCAAGUGAAUGUCCGUAAAGUAAGACAGGAGCUGGCAUCCAUGAAGAACUAG